GGCGUGCACACACGCAGUGAUUGCCGUGUUGUUGUCGCGCGCAAACAACAAUGGCGUAUUCCGUGAACAUCUCUGUGGAAGCGCCGAUUGAGAAUCAAAUACAGGAAAUCACUUACGAUGGCCAGGAAAUUUAUCAAGCUCCGCUUACGUUAUCGGAGAACUUGGCCAAAAUUGCUCAAAAAAUCGACUUUAGCAAGACCAAUGGUGAGGAGAUAAAAAAGGAGGAAUUAGAGGGUGGUGAAAAGAGCGAGGAGGAUGCGAAGGAUCCUGCUUCGUUUCAGUCUUCUCUGUGGCCGUGGGAUAGUGUUAGAAAUAAGUUAAGAAAUGCCUUGACGGAAGUCUGUGUACUGGCUGACGUACUGGCAAUAGCGAAAGAAAAGAACUACAUGGUAUUAGAUCCAGUACCUCAGGAACCGGUCGAGGUUAAGCCUAUGGUGCAAGUUUACGCUAGGAAAAAAGCACUUGCGGGAGCAGCAGCUGUUCUCAUGAUGGGUGCUGAAAGAUUGCGAAAUUGUCAAGCUGAAUUAACUAGAACUAGAUCUACUCCUGAUUUUCAUAUUGAAUUGUUAAGAUUACGACAGAAUUGGCGCUUGAAGAAAGUGUCAAACUCCAUUAUCGGUGAUCUCAGUUAUCGAACUGCUGGCUCCAAGUACAUGCAAACGGGCAUGUUUGAAGUCACCAAAGCCGAGGAAGAGGAGAAAAGUAGUAACAGUCCACCUGCAUCUCCCAGCGGUGGUAGCAAUAUGGCCGGCCAGUCGCACGGUCCUCCGACCUCAAAGCCGUCCGCCUUGCGCGUGACGAUACCCAGCGAGCUGCAAGGUGUUGCCUACAUCGAAGUGAUAUGUCAAAAAGAUCAAGAAGAUCUGUGUAGCGCGAAUAUAAGUCUGCUGAACAGCAGCGCGAACAAUUCAAACACCGAUAUGCAUUGGCAGCAGAAAUUGGAGGCUGCGCAGAACGUUUUAUUUUGCAAGGAAUUGUUUAGUCAAUUGGCACGGGAGGCCGUGCAUCUGCGUGCGCCUAUUCCUCAUAUGGUUGUCGGGAAUCAAAUAAUGGCCACGAUGCUUCCGGGAAUUCAGUUGAUAAUCAGUCUGUGCCACAGCACGGGCAACGACAAGAAGCCCGCGAAUCCCCCGCCGCACAAGAGCGAACACGAUCACGUGUUGGAGCAUUCCCUGCAUCAGUUGCUGCGCGAGGUACAUCACAAAAACAGUCAUCAUCCGUUUCCCCAUCCGGUCUCGGGUCCUAUCGGGCCCAGCAAGCGCAGAUAUCUGGCCGGUCCCACAGCCGCGGACAGAUACGAGCUCUUGGAAAUGACGAAGAGCCAAACGCUGCUGGAACAGAUCAUCCAACAGGCGCAACACUUCUUCAUGCGUCUGCGCACGGAGUACGUGCUGGACACGAUAUCGAAGGAGGUGAAAGAUCCUCUCAUCGUGUCGCAUUGGAACGCGCUCAACUCGCCGACUCAGUCCACCGUGAAAAUAAACAUUCUGACGCACGGAUACGACAGCGUGUGCCGAACGUCGAUGUUCGUUCACGUGAACGAGAAAUCGCUCAAGUGUGUGUGUCGCGACGGUAGAGUCAUGCACAUGAGUUACGAACCCCAGGAACUGAGGGACCUAAUUUACUGUCAAAUUUAUCAACAUCAGAUAAGCGCGGUGCAGGCUUUGGCCAAGUGCAUGGGUUGGCAGUUCUUGGCGAACAGCUCUCAUCUUGGUUUAGGCGCGGUAGAACCCCUGGGAAAUGCUUGCAGUUGCAUCUUGGCUUCGCCAAUCGGCGAUAGAAUGAUAGCCGUACGAUGCGAGCCCCAAACGGGCGUUCAGGUCUCUAUUGCUCACUCCCCUCGAAAAGAUUUCUUCCCCGGUCAGCUUGUGCGAGAGAGAAAAUGGGAGAAUCUGGGAGGGUCCUUCAAAGAAGUCAGAUGGGACAAGAUGGAAGGGAAGAAUUUUCUCAACAAAAUGGAGCUACUGAUGGCUUCUUUAACAAGCUCCUAAGAAUUCGCGAUCGACCCUUCUUUUUUUUUUUCUCUUCGAGAUUCCAAAGAGAGAUAUCUGGAGACUCGAUUGUACAUCAAAACUGCGAUUUUUUUGUGUUCAGGAUGAACCUCGUAACAAUCUCGUUUCUCUUUACAAAAACAUUUCUUAUCCCAGGAAAAACAAGAUGUUUUAUUGAUAAAAUGUGACUUUGAUUUUUAUCAAAGAAAAAAAGAGCUUUGUACAAACUUGAUCGUAACUUUCUCUCUCUCUCUUUCUCUAAUCUUAUAUCCGUCGUUUUUUACAUCAUUAUUAGAAUUUAAUUUGUGACUGUGAUUUGUGACACUGAUUAGUUACGACGAUCGCGUCGUCGUACGCUGUACCAGUGAACACAAUAUCGAUAAUAACGUGAAAAUCGCGCGAUCUAAACGCGAAGCCUAGGCGCAGCAGCAUCUCUCAAACUAUGUUUUCCUUUUUUCUAAAAAUUAUUACGCAACUAUUUGUAUUAUAAAUAUUUCACUUCUAUAAUAUAUAUAUAUAUAGCUACAUUUUACAAUAAAUCAUUUUUGAGAUGAACGAAUUUAUCGUUUGUAUUACGCUUUUGUUUUUUUUUGUUUUUUUUCUUUUUAUCUAUGCAUAUAAAAAACGGGACAUAGUAAUUUAUAUACAACUGGACAAAAAAAACUUGUACAAAAAUUGGCUUUUAUUUUACUGUCGUACGAAAUGCGAAAUUGGAUAAUAAACGACUGCGAGAUAUGAUUAAUUAAUUAAAGAUUGAAUGAAUUAAAAAUUAUCAGAGAGAUAUACAUGUGUGUGUGUGUGUGUGUU